GCUCCAUAAUCCUUCAUCCAUUAAGUAGAAGUAGAAGUUCUGCUCCAAUCGCAGCUCAUCAACAUAAUGUCGAACAACGAGGAAGCUGGGACUGGGGCUGGCGGCCCACCAGAGUUUACCCUUCACAUUUUCCCCUUUUCUUUUUACUCUAUAAUGACUAGACUCACAUAUGUAUUUGGGAACAGUGGCCUGAAGGAAGAAAAGUUGAAAAUGCAACUCAAGUUGCAUAAUCUACAUCGCAAUGAGAACCUCUCUUCAGACCAUCUUCUGACGGUCAAUCCCAAGGGCCAAGUUCCAGCUCUGACGGGGAAAGUCUAGCAAACUCACUGAACAGUUCCCUGGAAAUUUCAUAUAGGUGUUGGUAUCCCUAUCACAGGGAAGUUGGUUCGAACCGUAGGGUCCUGGGGGUGACGA